UGUGUGUCUAGUGAUUCACAAUGGCUUACAGUGUCCCUAGUGGUAGUAGACCUUUGUUGAACCUGAAACUCUCUGAGAAACGCUUCCGCUUUCACAGAUUUAAUAAUGAGAAAACUCAACUCCUUUUCUUUAGUACUACUAAGUCCUACCCAACCACACACUUCUCUGCAACUUUUCAUACUUGCUUCAACUCUAAUUAUGCCGUUUCUUCAAGUCUAAAAGGGGCUAGACUUGGAUUCACUGCCAAGGCUGGAGCUCAGGAAGGGUAUUCUUCAGGGGAAGAAGCUGAGUCGGUUGUUGAUGAGGCAAAUUAUCAAGAGGAGUUUUCUUGGUUUUCUGUGAUAUUGCCGUUUUUGUUUCCUGCAUUGGGAGGUUUGUUAUUUGGGUAUGACAUUGGUGCGACUUCCGGUGCCACAAUCUCAUUGCAAUCUCCUGAGCUUAGCGGCACAGAUUGGUUCAACUUUGGCGCUGUUCAGCUUGGUCUUGUGGUAAGUGGAUCCCUAUAUGGAGCUCUUCUUGGUUCCUCCCUUGUGUACCCAAUUGCUGAUUUUCUUGGAAGGAGGAGGGAACUUAUCAUAGCAGCUUUACUAUAUCUGUUAGGAGGUCUGAUCACUGCAAAUGCACCAGGGCUUAGUGUUCUCUUAGUAGGACGGCUUCUUUAUGGCCUUGGUAUUGGCUUGGCAAUGCAUGGGGCUCCUCUUUAUAUUGCAGAAACAUGUCCGUCUCAAAUUCGUGGAACUCUAGUAUCGUUAAAGGAGCUUUUCAUAGUUCUGGGAAUCUUGUUGGGUUACUUUGUAGGAAGCUUUCAGAUUAAUGCUGUAGGGGGGUGGCGUUUCAUGUUUGGUCUUAGUGCCCCUGUUGCUGUACUUAUGUUGCUAGGCAUGUGGAGUCUUCCACCGUCUCCACGGUGGUUGCUUCUCAGGGCUGUUCAAGGUAAAGGGCCUGUGCAAGAAUUGAAAGAGAAAGCCAUUGUAGCCCUGAGCAAACUGAGAAGACGACCUCUUGGUGAUAAAGUAUCUGAGAAGCAAAUAGAAGAUACUUUGGUUUCAUUGAAAUAUGCCUAUAAGGAUCAGGAAUCUGAGGGUAGUUUCAUGGAGGUCUUUCAAGGCCCGAAUUUGAAGGCAUUUGUGAUUGGUGGUGGUUUAGUUCUUUUUCAGCAGAUAACUGGGCAACCAAGUGUACUAUAUUAUGCUGGUUCAAUUCUUCAGACUGCAGGAUUCUCUGCUGCCUCUGAUGCAACCCGAGUGUCAGUUGUAAUUGGUUUGUUUAAGUUGUUAAUGACAUGGAUAGCUGUCCUGAAAGUUGAUAAUCUUGGAAGAAGACCCUUGUUGAUCGGAGGUGUCAGUGGCAUUGCUGUUUCCUUAUUUCUUCUCUCUGCUUAUUACAAAUUUCUUGGGGGGUAUCCACUUGUUGCUGUAGCUGCUUUGCUUCUCUACGUAGGUUGUUACCAGAUAUCCUUUGGGCCUAUUAGUUGGCUGAUGGUGUCAGAAAUCUUUCCUAUUCGUACAAGAGGAAGAGGAAUUAGUCUUGCAGUUCUUACUAAUUUCGGUUCAAAUGCUGUUGUAACAUUUGCAUUCUCUCCACUAAAGGAGUUGUUGGGAGCAGAAAACCUUUUCCUCCUUUUUGGAGCUAUUGCUCUAUUAUCACUUAUUUUUGUUGUAGUUUAUGUCCCAGAAACCAAAGGAAUGAGCUUGGAAGAUAUAGAAUCCAAAAUCUUGAACAAAUAAGUACCAAGACAGCAAUUGCCACCACCAUCGUAUUUUCAUGAUAACUCUGUUGACUUUUAUGUGCAUACUAGUGUUGCCUUGAGAGAUAAUGAUAUGUUCUGUAAUUAUAUAUUUAUGCUCUUUACCUGAACAGACUUGAAUAAGGGAACUGUAAGCUAUAAAUAAUGGCAUUCGAUUUUUUUAGCAAUAAUUUAGAGAAGAUUCAAAGCUUGUGUUUCAACUCAAA